AUGGCUGGUAUGGACCUCGUUGGAAAGAAAGAUCGAAAAACUGCCGGCCGUGUCGUGGGUGACGUGAACAAUCGUCGCGCGAUCACGAGGUCUGUGAUAGCCGAGCUUAUAAAAGUAUUGAAGCCGUUUGAAGAAGCUACUAAAGCUAUCAGUGGGCAAAAAUACAUGACAGCAUCACUAGUUAUUGUGAUUGUUCAGGGACUCUUCAAAGUAUUCAGCAAUUUAAUGAAAAUGUAUCUGACACAAAGGGUUUUAAAGGUGGCUGAACAAUUGUUAGCAAACAUGAAUACAAGAGAUGCAUUUAAACAUUCAGAAAAAAGUGGAACUCUUGCACGAUGCACAUUUCUUGAUCCACGCUUUAAACAUAUACCAUUUAGUCACAGCACAACAUUAAUGAAUACUACAAAAAAUGACGUCAUAGAGAAAACUUUAGAAAUUAUUCAUAGCAAAUACACUGAAGAAGACAGAAGAUCGUAUGAAACAGAAACUUUGGUAGAUAUUAACUCACAUUCCAACAGUGAACAAUUAUCUAUAUGGAAUGAUAUUGAUAGAUGUGUAGCUAAAUCUACACCCAUUGGAACUGCAAAAUCCAGAGCUAUUGUUGAAGUCCAGCGUUACUUAGAGGAUUCAAUAAUUCCAAGAUGUCAAGAUCCAUUAAGUUGGUGGAAAGACCACAGCUAUAAUUAUCCACAUUUGAGUGUUUUGGCCCGGAAUAUAUUAUGUUUUCUUGGUACAUCUGUACCCUGUGAGAGAGUUUUCUCUAGUGCCGGAUUAGUGCUGAACGAUCGCCGCUGUAGAUUAAAAAAUGAAAAAGUUAACAUGCUAUUAUUCCUUCAUUACAAUUCAAAUGAAUGUAUAAUGUAG